GAGGAACCAUUUGUGAUGGUGUCAGAAAAUGUUUUGGGCAAAACAAAGAAAUAUCAGGGUUUCUCAAUUGAUGUCCUGGAAUCUUUAUCUACUUACCUUGGCUUCACAUAUGAAAUUUAUGUUGCGCCAGAUCAGAAAUAUGGACUUCCAAUGGAGAAUGGGACUUGGAAUGGACUGAUAGGAGAACUAGUAUUAAAGGAUUAUGAAAACAUGACUUUUCUGGUUCCUCACCCGGGAUUGUUACUCUUUUUCUUCUCUGUAUAGGAGGAACCAUUUGUGAUGGUGUCAGAAAAUGUUUUGGGCAAAACAAAGAAAUAUCAGGGUUUCUCAAUUGAUGUCCUGGAAUCUUUAUCUACUUACCUUGGCUUCACAUAUGAAAUUUAUGUUGCACCAGAUCAGAAAUAUGGACUUCCAAUGGAGAAUGGGACUUGGAAUGGACUGAUAGGAGAAUUAGUAUUAAAGAGAGCUGAUAUAGGCAUUUCUGCAUUAACUAUUACACCAGAUCGGGAAAACGUGGUUGAUUUUACAACUCGCUACAUGGACUACUCAGUGGGAGUCUUGCUGCAAAAGGCUGAAAAGACCAUGGAUAUGUUUGCUUGUUUGGCACCAUUUGACCUCUCCCUCUGGGCUUGUAUAGCUGGCACAGUCCUGCUUGUAGGACUCUUGGUAUAUCUUCUCAACUGGCUUAAUCCUCCACGGCUUCAGAUGGGAUCAAUGACCUCAACAACACUCUACAACUCCAUGUGGUUUGUGUAUGGAUCCUUCGUGCAGCAAGGAGGAGAAGUUCCCUAUACCACGCUGGCAACUCGAAUGAUGAUGGGUGCCUGGUGGCUGUUUGCCUUGAUCGUCAUCUCAUCUUAUACUGCAAAUCUAGCGGCUUUUCUCACCAUCACCCGCAUUGAGAACUCCAUCCAGUCUCUUCAAGAUCUCUCCCGGCAGACAGAUAUUCCUUAUGGUACCGUUUUGGAUUCUGCAGUCUAUGAACAUGUACGGGUGAAAGGGAUGAAUCCUUUUGAGAAGAAUAACAUGUAUUCAAAGUUGUGGCAGAUGAUUAAUCGAAGUAAUGGAUCUGAGAACAAUGUGCAAGAAUCCCAGAUAGGCAUUCAUAAGGUCAAAUAUGGAAAUUACGCCUUUGUUUGGGAUGCAGCAGUUUUGGAAUAUGUUGCUCUGAAUGACCCAGAUUGUUCCUUCUACACUGUUGGAAAUACUAUUGCAGAUCGAGGAUAUGGAAUAGCUCUUCAACAUGGAAGCCCCUACAGAGAUGUCUUCUCACAAAGGAUCCUAGAACUUCAGCAGAAUGGACACAUGGAUCUCCUGAAGCAUAAGUGGUGGCCAAAGAAUUCCCAGUGUGAUCUGCACUCCUCUAUGGACCCCAAACAUAAAGGGGGAGCCUUGGACAUAAAAAGCUUUGCAGGUGUUUUUUGCAUACUGGCAGCUGGGAUUGUUCUCUCCUGCUUAAUUGCCAUGUUGGAAACAUGGUGGAAUAAAAGAAAAGGCUCACAGGUUCCUUCAAAAGAGGAUGACAAAGAAAUUGAUCUGGAGCAUCUCCACAGACGUGUGAACAGCCUCUGCACAGAUGAUGAAAGUCCCCAUAAACAGUUUUCCACUUCAUCCAUUGACUUGACUCCA